GGUGCGGCGGUGUCGCGCGUUUUCCCUGCGGUGGGCCCGCGCGCCGCCCCGAUUCUGGCGCAGCUCGCUCCCGGACCCGCUCCCGAAGCCGGUCCUGGACCCGGAGCCGCGGGACUUCCCGGACGCGGACGGACGGCGGGACGUGCCGGUGCGGUGGGCGGACGAACGGACGGACGGACAGUGGCGGCGGCUCUGUUCUUAAGUCAUUGCAGCCAUGACUAAGAGAGAAGCAGAAGAGCUGAUAGAAAUUGAAAUUGAUGGAACUGAGAAACAGGAAUGCACUGAAGAAAGCAUUGUCGAGCAAACCUACACCACCGCAGAAUUUGUGAGUCAGGCUAUUGACAUCAGUGAACCCAUUGGAAAUCUUAAGAAGUUGCUGGAACCCAGAUUGCAGUGUUCCUUGGAUGCACAUGAAAUUUGUCUGCAAGAUAUCCAGCUGGACCCAGAUCGAAGCCUUUUUGAUCAAGGAGUGAAAACAGAUGGAACAGUGCAACUCAGUGUGCAAGUAAUAUCUAGGCAAGGGAUAGAGCCCAAGUUGAACAUCCUGGAAAUCGUGAAGCCUGUGGAGACCGUGGAGGUUGUGAUUGAUCCAGAUGCUCAUCAUGCAGAGGCUGAAGCUCACCUUGUUGAGGAAGCUCAAGUGAUAACCUUGGAUGGGACAAAACAUAUUGCAACAAUUUCAGAUGAAACGUCUGAGCAAGUGACACGAUGGGCUGCAGCACUGGAAGGCUAUCGGAAGGAGCAGGAGCGCCUUGGAAUACCUUAUGACCCAGUUCAGUGGUCGACAGACCAGGUGCUCCAUUGGGUGGUAUGGGUGAUGAAGGAGUUCAGCAUGACUGACAUCGACCUCAACGCACUCAGCAUUCCUGGGCGGGAGCUCUGCAACCUCAGCCAAGAAGAUUUCUUCCAGCGUGUCCCACGGGGAGAAAUUCUCUGGAGCCACCUGGAGCUUCUUCGAAAGUAUGUGUUGGCUAGCCAAGAACACUCUGGAGAAAUAGCAACUGUUACUAUUGAUCAGCCUGUGCAGAUUAUACCAGCAUCUGUACAGCCUGCUACCCCAACUACCAUCAAAGUGAUAAACAGCAGUGCAAAGGCAGCUAAAGUACAGAGAGCUCCAAGGAUCUCCGGGGAAGAUAGGAGUUCCCCUGGGAACAGAACAGGGAACAAUGGUCAGAUCCAGCUGUGGCAGUUUUUAUUAGAACUUCUUACUGACAAAGAUGCUCGGGACUGUAUUUCUUGGGUUGGUGAUGAAGGAGAGUUUAAAUUGAAUCAGCCUGAACUGGUUGCACAGAAAUGGGGACAGCGCAAGAACAAGCCCACAAUGAACUAUGAGAAGCUUAGUCGGGCUUUGAGGUAUUACUAUGAUGGAGACAUGAUCUGCAAAGUGCAAGGCAAGAGGUUUGUGUACAAAUUUGUGUGUGACCUGAAGACUCUGAUUGGGUACAGCGCAGCGGAGCUGAACCGCUUGGUCACAGAGUGCGAGCAGAAGAAACUGGCCAAGAUGCAGCUCCAUGGCAUUGCACAGCCAGUUACAGCAGUGGCCCUGGCUACAGCAUCCCUGCAAGCAGAGAAAGAUAAUUAAGCACUAGGACCUUCUGAAGUUCAGUACAGAAAGAAGGCAAUCUCUGCUUAUACUCUGAAGAUGCAUCUUCUUUGACUCAGUAUUUGGCUACGUGUUUCUACUUUUAAACUGUAACUCGGUGUCCUUUAUUUCUGUAGCAGCUUUCUUUAAUAUCUUAAUUGUAAAUCUCAGAGUGGUGCUUUGAUUAAACAAAUGAUGAAAACUCAAUAGUAGGACAGAAUGGAGCCCUGUGAAAUGAUUCAGUUUAUGCUUUUAGCAGUGUUUAAAUCAGAAAGAUUCAUGUUGACCUGUAAACUUGGGGUUUUUUUAUUCCUGCAGAUGGCCCUAUUUACUUCAUGUGUCCCUGCUAACAAAACUGUUAGUACUGUCCAUGUUAGAAACAAGAUAAAAUUCUGAUUAUACUGCUCUUACCUUGUUUCUACUGAGACACAAUUUAAAAAUACUCUCAUUAUACCUCUGAACUCCUCCAUCUGGACUGCCAAAUUCAAGACUGAAGUAUUUUGUCAUCUUUAAACCUACCACAUCACUUGAUUUCAAAAUGUUUAUAUUUAGCUUAGUAGCAACAACAUGAAAUGGACUGAAAAUACUGGUUUUCACACCUUUCAGUAACAUGUUGGACUUGAUGAUCUUAGAAGUCUUUUCCAACCUAAAUUAAGGUACAAUUUUAAAGUUCACUUACAAGUGUUCCGAUAUCAUAUUAAUGGAGGACCUUUUAUCUGGGUUUAUAGCUAAUAGUAUAUUUAUCCAGUGUAAAUUUCUUUUGGGAUUCCUAUAAUACAAAAAUUGUUAUUGAAACAGUGUAGGGAAUUAAAACUAACAGCCUGCAAUUUCCUUCUUAAUCAAGAUAAGCUGCUGUGGGACUCUACUGCCUGAUCAAGAAACUGUUAUAAGGUCCAUUAACACAAGUUUAUGGGGAAUAUUUUUACUGACUGGACUGGGGUGUUUUGUUCUUCAAGAUCAUACAUAUUCUUAAAGGUUGUAGGUUUAAUAUUGCUAUAUCAGGGCUGCUAAAAUACAUUUGGGUUGAUACUGUUCAAUUUUUUUCCUUUGGAAAAGUAAUUCUUAAUAUGAAUGAUGCCAAACAAGAAAUUAAUUAAAGGAAAGGAAUUAAUGAUUGAUUCUUGCUGACUUCGGCGAGGGAAGACAUGCAGACAAUCAGUGUGAUUGAUAAAGCAAGCUUCGUUUAUUGGCAAUACAGAGGCACUUAUCUAGUAUGAGUAUACAUGCUUGUCAGUUCUUGAUUGGUUUAAACUUAUGAAAGCGCAUUCUUGUUUCUACAUAAUUGGGUUAGAUAAAAGACUACAUUGGCAAGCUUCUACUAUUUAUGUUUUAACUUGGGAAAUCAAAGUUCUUCCUCCCCUCUCAUGGUCAGUACAUCUUAUCAGCACGGCACUGUACCUCCUUAAAACUCCCUUUUGGUUCUCAGGCUUGUGUCUCACGCAGGCAUUUUCUCAUGCAGGCAUUUGCUUGUACAGCUCUUUUAUUGAUCUGUACCCUACAGCUCUGUCAAUGAUCCAUGUCCCUGAUCCUCUAACCAUUCUUCAACAAUUGACUGGUUUUGAGGGUUGUAAUGUGGAACCCCAUGUGUUAGAUACAUUAUUACUCCAUUACAUUUUGCAUCAUUAUUUCAGGAUUGGAGCCCACAAAAUCUAAUCACGCACCAAACUGCAAUUUUACCAUCUUGUAAUUUUAGAGUAUUGACAUCUUACCCAUUAAUAACUUGAAGGUUAAAAAAUGAUGAGGAGGGAGAAACAAAUAUUGAGGGUCUGAUAUUAAUUAAAAUUGUCUUUUACUUGUAAAACUGGGCUUCUGAAAACCAAAAUGAAAUGGUGCUAGUGGCAGUUGUAUCAGAAGAUGGGUCUGGAAGCCACAGAACAGUUUGCAUGUACUUUGAAAAGACAGAGGAACCAGUUGUUGUGUUUGUGGUUUGUGGCACACAAUGUCCACGUGGCUUCUUUUUGUAGGUGGUGUCACUGUAACCUGUAGCUGUGAUGGGAAAGAAAGAAUCCAAAGAAGUAAUUGAUCAUAGUUUUAAGCUACUUACUUGUGCAGCUACUUAAUAAAAAUGAAGUCAGUUUAAAAGAGAAGACAACUAUCAAGAAACAGUUGGAAUCCUCAUGUAAAUAGUACUUACCAGAAAAAGCUAAAACUCCCUGCAGAGCAUUAGUUUUUUGUAGUCCAGCAGUUCUUGACUUAUAAAAUGUAAUGCUAGACAGCAGCAAGGAGUCCCCAGGCAGGUGCAAAGGAGGACUUUUAUUUACAAAAACCCGGCCUUUUAAUGCCCUUAGUCGGUUGUUAGCUUACAUGGUUUUAAGGCACAACAAACCAAAUUUAACAAACCACCAUACACCACGGUGCGGGCACGAGGCAUUCACACAGCAAGCCUCACUUUGUCUAUUCUCCCACAGCCCUCUUCUACUUAGGCUAAGUAACAGGCUGGAGCUGUGAUUUUACCAGGCCUUCCCUUUACAAAGCUUUACCUAUCGGUCACAAUAAAACAACUACUGGACAUCAGAUAGAAAAAGAAAUCAGUUUGUAGUAAUUUUCAUGUUGCAGGAGUUGAAGUAGUUGUUCAGAAAGAGCAGAGAAAAUGCUUGUUUAGUUUAGCACAACUCUGAGGAGUGUGAAAACUUGUAGAAGUGUUUCAUUUUGUAUAUUGAAUUGCUUUAAGUAUUUGUUACUAAUGAUCUAAAUGAGCUGGUAGUAAAAAGCCCACACUGUCCAUCCAUAAUAGAUCUGAAAUCUUAAGACACUUUUUUUUUCUUACCUCUUCGAACUGCCUUUUAACCCAAAUGUGUGAAAUUAGCAUUUAGGAGCCAUCUUUCUAGUCCUAUGGGACCUACCUCUUAGAAUUCACUAAUCAAGGUAGGAUACCCCCAUCUCAGUAGACAAAAUGAAAAUUAUAUUAAUUAUAUAUGAGUAUAAUCAAUUUCUGAUUAUAAUGGAAGCAAACAUGGAUGGCACUAAAAACCUGUUUCUUAGAAGGUUUGUUGUUUAUUUGAAAUUCCUCCCAGUUAGGGAAAAGUAAUUUAGGAUGAAAUAAUGUGAGUUAGCUGCUUCCCCCUUCAUCCUGGUGAGCUUUGGUUUUUCAAUAUUCUCAUUUUCAAGGACUCUGCAGGAGCUGCUUCAUAGGAACUGGUUUGCAUAAACCUUCAGCUACAUAAGGCAAUGAGAAACCAGUGUGUUUUAUACAAAUCUUUUCAGGGUGAAAGCUGGAAACUGCAUGGAAAAAAUGAGUCUGGACGAAUGAGAAUGCAAGAGCUGAGACUUAAUGAGAUUAACCACACAUUAAUUAGACACCUGCAGGGUGCAGUUCUUUAAACUUCAGGGUUAGGAUAGAAAAUAUACUAAUUUUUUUCCUCCAUGAAAGCAAUGUUUUAGUCCAGAAUCUCAAAGCUGUGUUAUUCCCACAUCCUACAUGCGGCAUGCCAGCCUGUUGGGCUUCACAGAAAGUGCCCCAUGUCAAAAUCUGUAAUACCCACUUUGAUGUCCCCACUGAGAGCAGUGAGGGGAGGUUAGGGACAGUCAGGAUGCAAAACUCACUGUGAAACUCGAGUCGUUCCUGGCCCUUGUCCUGUGAAAAGAGCUGAGGAAGGCAGAACCAAUGGGAAGCAGUUUGGCUAACAACCAUAAAUUAGUAAGAUGACCUGAACUGUACCCAGAAAGGAACUAGAAGCUGUAACAGGAGCUUGAACUUGUCCUCAGGCAUAAUUCACCAAGCCUAAAGUGAGAUUUGUACAAAUGAAAAGAAAAAAAUUACCUGGGGGAUAGCUACAGAGUAGGUGAGUUUUUAUGGAGAAAUUUGUGUCUUUCUUGCUCAGCCAAUGGGUCAGUUACCUCUAAAGAGUUAUGAGCACUUAACACAAGUUUUGUGAAACUGAAGAGCUGGGCCAGUGCAACCAUGCCCAAAUUAGUGUGGCCAGCUAGGAAAACAAAGCAUAAUUCAACGUUUUUGCAGUGCACAGCAUGACUGUGCUCAGAUGCAGAAGCAAGAAAAAAACAAGGAGCUGUUAUUCCUGGGCCUGCUUGGGUCAGGAUGGAAAAGCCUCAAUUAUUUUAGAAAACAGGUUUCAACAAUUAGUUUAAUGGUUACUCCUCUAAUAUUUUCUCAAAAGGAGGGUAGUUCUUCAAGGAGAGGCAGUAACCAGCCAGAGCACAGUACUGUACCCAUAGCUGGUUUAGGAUACUAAACCGGCAUUAAACCAGAAACAGCGAUAUGAAUUCAUUUUAUAAAAACCAGACAGGUGGCAAUAGAGUUUUGCCUCAGACCAGAAGGCAAACUAGACCAUAUUGGUAGGUACAAAGAGGAUAGAUGACCUUUGCCUGAGCGUUGUGCCAAGGUAAUCAAGGGACUUUGUCCAAAGACUGGUUUGUGUUGAAGGACUGAACAUGUCCCAACAGAAAAAUGCUGUUGUAAUUUAAAAGUAUACAUAAAUACAUAUAUAUACAGGGCAAGGGGUGUCCCUCCAAGUUUUCUUGGUCAGAUAGUAUUGUGUGCUUUGGACUUCACCAUGCAGUAGAGAAAGCUGAAAUGGGUGAAUGCUUUAAUUUUUUAUUUAUUCUUAAGACAGACCUGGCUGAAGAGAGCAAAUGGAGGGAAAAAAUAAAAACUGCAAGAUGCAAAGCUACUCAGAAAUGUCACCUGUCAGGGCUGGAGGAGUUAUUAAAUAGACCGCAUAUAAAUGCAGGUAGAGCACUGACAUUGGCUGAACGUGCAGGCAAGCCAGAGGGAAUGGAAACAGAGCCAUCACUGAGAACAAAAAUGCAGGGAAGCAAAGAAUCUCCUGACUCAGCCAAAGUAGCUCUGAGAAAAGCUCAGUGAGAGCUGGAGCUGCAGGUUGGGAGCAGCCUGGUGUGCCAAGGGACUGUGUCCUCUUGGCUCCCUCUCUCCCAGAGCCUCUCUAAACUAAACCAGAUGGUGUCAGGGUAGUUCUUGGUUUUAUCCUCACCAGCUGCUGACUGAAGCAACUGGCAUUGAUUAUCCCCUUGGGCCGGGAAGUAAAUAGAUAAGUUUUUCCUCUUAUAAUUUUCAACAGUGCACACCUAGAAACACGUUAUCUCUUAUUUUCUGGGUUUCAGUGAAGGGUUCUGAAAAACCUACCCUGUUUAAACUUUGGGCAUCCUAUGCAGAAUUGUUUCAGCUAUCAGCUGAAUAUCAGCUAACAGGUACGUCUUGUGAGCAGUGAUCCUGGGGACCAGCUUCCAAUAGGCUGUUGUAUUACAGUGUUAUUCAAUGAAGCAUUUUAAAUGACCCAUUUAAGGAUUUUGAUCUUGAAACCUCUGCCUGCGGGGGAAUCUUGUAUUUCAUUUUUUUAACUGUAUUUGGCCUCGUGAUGACAUAGGAGCUCUCACUAGAAAUGUAUACUGUAAUGCUCUACAAUUUUCCGUUGCUUGAGCUACUGAUGACAAUUUUAUUUCAAACAGGAACAAAAUAAAAGUUUGUUCACUGCAGAGAAACUCACAUACCAGCUCAAUAUGACUUUCACUAAUAAUUUGGGAAUUACUGGAGCUAUUUACUCCAGUAAGCACUUUGUUCCUUCCCUUUACUUAUAUCACCUUUGAAAGUCUUCAAUGAAGUGGAAGUACUGCAGGCAAAAGUGUUCCUUUUUCCUGACAGUGGUCCCAGGGAGUGUGCUAGCUCAGCACCUGCCUUUUUGCCAAAGGGCACUGGUGCCAAAGUAAGUCCAGGAGUCACUUUCUCCUGGGAAGCUUGGCUUUUUCCUUUCUUCCAAAAGACAUGCUGUGUGUGCAGACUGGUUUUCAGGGGAUAUUUUAAUCAUCUUUUAAAUUAGCUUGUGUCUUGAAAAUGCAUUUUUUCCCUAUGACCUUCAGGACAAUCAGUUUUCUGUAUGGAAAAGAGGCAACUUCCCUUUGCAAGGCUUAACUUAGACAAUGAAAAAAUGCCUGUCACUUGCUGUAACUGCAAAUCUUUAGUCAUUAAACAAAAUCUUAAUUGAAACCCUGCUUGUAGUGGUUCAGCAAACCAGUAAUAGGUGUAAGGGAAGCAAACAUAGGUAUUACCAAGUAAGAUCUCAUACAGCUUCUUUCCCAAAAGAUGAGCUCAGCUGUACCUAUAGAGAUCUUUGGCUAAAAAAACUUAACAAAUAGUCUCCUGCCCCAAGAAACCUUUUUUCACUGCUGCUAUGAGUCUCUGACAAUUUAUUUUCCUAUCUUCCUCUUUGAGAAGGAUUUCUCCACCCACACCUAUCACACAUUCAGAAAUACAAUAUGCAUUCUUUCUUAUAAAAAAAGAAAUCUUGAUAUAUUUCCUGCUCAUCUGUGUAUUCUAGAAUUGUCCAUGGUGCUCUACAGCAAUUCUUGAUAUAUUUCAGAAAGAAAUACAAUUGUGCUUUAUGCCUUGAUCAUAUGAAACACAUUAGGUUUUUGCGUAGUAAUACAUGUUGGCAGCCUGUGACAACAAUUAUUAUAAACAUGUAUUGACUCAGUGUUGUGUUGCAACUGCUUUGCCUUUUAAUGAGGAGCCUCAAUA